AGUUUGAAUUAUAAUAAAGAUACUCGUCUUCCAUUUAAUCCAUAUUGGCAACUGCCGGAAUAUCACCAGGCGGAGGUCACAUUUAAAGAAUUAUGCAGCAUUGGUAACAAAGCUCCUUUUCAGGCUAUUGCAAAUAUUAAUGCAUUUCGUGCAAGAUGUCUUGCAAGAAUUAAAUUAAUUGGACUUAUUAUAUCUCAUCUACAUGUGAUUAGGGCAUCUCUUGAAUGGGGAGCGCCAGAAAUUCAAGCUGGACUUUUUGAAAAUCGUUAG